AUGCUCGGCCCCCGAAAGGCCCAGACCCGCCCCGCUCCCCGCCGCCGGGGCCGAGUUCACGGCGGGGCGAAGGGAGCUCCCGUCUCCCCGGGCCGCCGAGGACCUUUGUGCUUCAGUGACAAAGGGGGAGCGGGGGCUGCCGCGGCCCUGACGGCAGGGGAGGAGCCGCAGGCUGUGCAGGGGGCGGGCGGCCCGCGGCGGCGAGGCGGGCGGCCCAGCCCCGCCGGGCGCGGAGAGGGGCCCGGGCACGGGGAGGCCGCGGCCGCGCGGUGCGGCGCGAGCGGCGCGGGGUCCCUCCUCAGGCGGCGGCCGCGGGGCACAGCGCGGCCCGCGCGCCGCGCCCGGCCUAUCGCCGGCGCCGUCCUUGGCAGCCAAUCCCCGCGCGGCGUCUUGGGGCGCGUUGCCGCGGUUACCGAGCCCCGCGCCGCCGCCGCGGCGGGCCCCGUGCAGCGGCCCGGCCCGGGAGCGCGGGGCGACCGGCGGCUCCGGCACCGCGGCCAGGGCACGCCGGGGCUGCCGCCGCUGUCCCGCACCGGACACCGGCGACACGUCUUCCAGGCUUUUAUUUUAGAGCAGGCGGCGCCCCACCUCUGCCCGUCCUGCUCUCGCCUCAGAAAGCCUCCGCGGAGGCUGAGGAAAUGCAUCACCUCAGGUAGUAUCGCCCUGAAUCCUUCCAGCCCUUUACACCAUUCCGGACAGUUAAGGGGUCAGUGGGCUGUGGCUUGUCUGGCUUCCAGGGUACGGCGAGGAUCGCAGGCGAGCUUCAGCAGCCAGCGGCGGGUGAGCAGCUCAGGCAGCAUCAGCACAAGGAGAGCAGCGGGCAGCAGAAGCCCAUCCACGGCCUCCACGGGCAAAGCUGCGGCCGAGGGCUGGGCUGGGGGUAAUCAGGAUGCCGUACGGGUUUUUGAUGAUGAAGGAAAGGACGUGACACCCCACCCACUCUUCCAUUCAGAUCCAAACCGUGCUGCACCCAGGCAGGGUGAGCUCUGGUCACUGAGUGCUCGCUUUGCAGCCAGAGAAACUGGUUUUGUCGCUCCCUUCCCCACGCAGCAGACACCAGGAGUGAAGGCCAGCUGGAGUUCAUUCCCAAGGACAAAUGGCAGCAGCAGUACUUCUGUCUCAAACACAUCAACAGCCGAGGCAGCGCUGGAUGACCCGCUAGGACCUGGCUCACGCCAGGACACGACUGUUGGUGUGUCUGGUAAAGAACAUGAGCUGGAUGUGCAGGUGAAGCGAGGGGAGAUAAAAGAAGAACUGACAAGAGAAGACUUAGAUAGAAGAGUGGAUCUUUACCUCACAGAGACAGAAACACUCUGGCUAUUUUAUAUGCCAGUUGCUGUGGUGUCUGUAGAAUCGGAAGAGGCUGGAAGAGUCCUGGAGCAGAACAGGAUUUAUGUCGAUAUUUGCAGAAACAGAGCUGGGAAUGAUCGCAUUGCAGACAAAAUGAUGCAAACCAUUAAUGAAGCUACAAAGAACAAGGAAGUGCAAUGUGACAAAAUCAUCAUGGAAGAUAAAGGGACAGUGGUCACUUCCUGGGACCUAUACGAUUCCUUUAGUGCAUCGGAAAUAGAACCUGCAACAAAAGCAGAAGGCAGCAGAGCCCCACCUGGGAAAAGCAGCACAUCUCAUCCAACUGAGGAGCACAAUCAGACUAGGUCUCUCUCUUCUGACAGAGGCAGCCCAAGUCGCAGAACAAUUUCAGGAAGUCCUGUACUUGCCAGAAUGCCUGAAGAGGAGGAAUGCCACUCAGCAGCUAUCCUGACGUCAGAAAACUUUCAGCAGCAUUUGUUUUGCAUGGAGAGAAUUCUGAUGGAGAAUAUUUUUCAACCCAAACUCGCAGCUUAUCGGCAGUUUCCCAUCCUUACGGAUCCUGAUGUUACCCCAGACACCAGUGGUACAGUAGGACUUGUGACAGAAGUUAAACAGGAGGAGCAUGACAAGAAAAAGAAGGACAAGGCAGAGCAGAAGGAAGCAUUCAUUGACCCAUCAAUUCUGUCAGAUCUAAAUAAAACCCCAGAAGAAACGGUGCCUCCCAGACUGGAGUGGCUGUGGUCAUACAAGUGUGAUUUAACCGCUGGCCACCGUGUGAGCAGCAUGACUUGGAGCAAAGUCAACCCAGAUCUUUUAGCUGUCGGUUACAGCGCGUUUGAUUUUAAAGCACAGAAGGAAGGCUUGGCUUGCUGCUGGUCGCUGAAGAACCCCAAGUGGCCAGAGCGUGUUUUCCGGUGUGAGCAUGGCGUUACUGCUCUGGAUUUUUCUGCUGCAAGCCCAAAUCUCUUAGCAGUUGGAAUGUACAAUGGUGCUGUCACCAUCUAUAAUGUAGCGAGCUGUAACACUGCUGCACUCCUGGACAGCAGCCAAUCCUCAAAUAAACACACAGGUCCUGUAUGGCAACUGAGGUGGGUGGAACACAACAGAGGUAUAACAGGAGACGGCAAAAAAGAGAGAUUGAUCUGUAUCUCAGCAGAUGGCCGAAUAACGGAGUGGCUUAUCCAGAAAAGACUGGAUUGCACUGAUCUGAUACAAAUAAAGAGAACAGAAAGCAAGAAAAUAAAAUUACCAGGUGGGGAAAAAAGAAAAAGCGAAGCUCUGAUAUCUCAACAGGCAGCUGGAAUGUGCUUUGACUUCCACCCAAAGAAUACUAAUAUUUAUCUUGCUGGAACAGAAGAGGGCCAUAUCCACAAGUGUUCUUGUUCAUGCACUGAGCAGUUUCUGGAGACGUACAGAGGCCAUAAGGGCCUGGUGUACAAAGUCGCUUGGAACCCAUUCAGCACUGACAUGUUCCUAAGCUGCUCUGCAGACUGGAGCAUCAUGUUGUGGCACCAGAAUUCACAGACACCCGUUCUGACCUUCAGUUCCACCACUGCUUUUGUUGAGGACAUUAUGUGGUUUCCAAAAUCAGCCUUCACAUUUGCAGCAGUGAACGAAAGCAGAGCAGAACUGUGGGAUCUUAGUGUCAGCAUCUCGAGCCCUGUGAUCUCUUGCUCUGCCAAGCCACAUGUGAAAUUCACAGCUGUGCUCUUUGCCAUGAACACCAACUGCCUUCUCGUAGGAGACAGUAGAGGAGGAGUCAGCGUGUUUGAGCUGCAGAACCUGGCUGCUCCCAACAGCAAUGAGGCUGAUAUCUUAUAUGACAUAAUGGGUGUUGCUGUGGCUCCUUAGCAGUGGCUAAAUGAUACCCCUACUCAGCUGGCAACAGCACGAAUGAGUUACUGCAGUAUUACCACAAAGCAUCAUUAAAUUUUUUCUUUGAAACUCUUGUUAUAAACUUCCUUAAAAUGCUCUAAA